AUGCAAAGUCCCCGCAUCGUUGAAAGAGAACCUAUUGGCAACUUGAUCCAAGACGAUCGAGAUUUCAAAGCCACUUAUGCCUAUGUUCUAGCAGCACGUGGGGCUGAUGAAGAUGAUCACCCUGCUGCAUGGGAAGAUCAGAUAUUAAUCCCGGCGGGUACUCACGACCAGGUAAUUGAAAGAAUUAUUUCUGUCUAUGAUUUCUUUGCAGUACUUGUUGACCUUCUAUUAGACAAGCAAGGUACAACGACCAACCCAGAAUCAGAAAUUAAUCUCAGCGGGCAAGUCAGUUCCGCACGAAUUCGUCGCGGUGAUCCCGAGCUGGGAGACUACAUGGACAACAUGGAAUAUUAUGAGCGCAAAAUAGAACUUGAAUUUUUGGGAAGAGCACGAGAUAUCACAUCUAAUAUGGUGCUUGCCAACAUUCACACGGAUGAUUUCAAAGAAAGAUGCAGGUCGAACUUUGGUCAUCUCCGCUUGGCAAUGUUGUUUUACAACCUUGUAACAGAUGACCAAUUAUACUUCAUCUUUCGCACUUUUUGGUUAGCUGUUGACUUUAGUUUUAUUCAAUGUAGCGACAAGCUUCCAGAUUCUCCUACCGAUGAAGACAAAUACCGACGGCAUUUGCGGAAGUUCACUAAAUUGAAGUUUGCUCAUUUUGCAGCUUAUUACUUCGAACAAUGCUUGCAGCAGAAGACUUCUUAUCGUCAUGAUUCAACGCAACCUUCGAGAGCUGAGAGGCAGGUUUUCGCUUCUGGAAUCAGGCGUGAUAUGGGAAAAGAAGGUGAAUCAUCUAAAUCUCAAGAAAAUGAGAAUGGUAAUGAUGCAGAGUGCCCCCAUUAUUUUGUAGAUCCCGAGGCUGAUUUAGAUUAA